AUGAAGCUAUUGAAAAUCAUGCAUAUUGUAUUUAAUUUGGAAUAGAAGUUUAGAGUGAAGCAUGAAAUGAUUGUGAAGUAGCUAUAGUACUGGAAUUGGAUGGCAAAUAAGUUCAAACUAUAAAUUUGGGAUACUGCAUAUUAGGAAGCAUUCAAAUCUAUCAAGUGACAGUAUUAUAGAUCAACUGUGUGAGCAAUUUAAAUCUAUGAUGUUAGCAGAAGAGAAUUAUUCGAAAAUUUCAGAGAAUGGAAAAGAGUGUUGCAUCCAAGGAACAGAACGUAAUUAAUAGUGUUAGUUGGAAAUAAAGUAAAUUUAGAAAAAUAGUGUAAUAUACAUAAUAUAAACUGCGUAAGGUUUCCGAAUCUGAAGGAUAGUAAAUCGCGAAUGAAAUAAAUCUAUAGUUUAUUGAAACAAGUGCAAAGGAUAAUUUCAAACAUAAUUAAAGUAAUUUCUAAAUUAUAUUUCAGACAUUCUCCUAAGCAGCAUCAUAAGUACUUAAAGUCGUAUAGAUUAAUCAACAGGAGGGUGAACUGCGUGGACUCCAAGUUGGAAAACUAUUAACUAAACAUAACUUUAACAAUACCGUUUUUUUGAAUAUAUAUGUUGCUGAAAAAUAUAGUAAUUAUAUAUCUUUAUUGCAAACAAUUAUAAAAAUUAAAAAUUUAUGA